CAAUUAUGUAAGUUUUCAUUGAGUUAGGGAUCCCUACACGUUACCAUCAUAUUUCGUGACACCUGUUAAGUUGUUGCCAGGUCAUCUUUAUUGGCAAGGAACAAGAUGACCAGCUACGAAAAAGAACUGAUUUGUCCCGUGUGUGAAGAUUAUUUCAUUUCACCUCUUGUGUUACCAUGUCAGCACAAUCUCUGUCACAAGUGUGCUAUCAAAAUGAUGGGAACUACGCAGUCGCAGACAGAAGACGCGGAUAGAUCAAAUUCGCCUUCAGUUGGGAGUGUAUCGUCUUCUAGUCCAUUGCCCUCUCCAAAGGUUGACGAGAAUUCCAACACCAAGAUUAUUCCACCAUUAUUUUACAUGCCAAGAAGAUCAAAAGCCAAUAAAGCUAACAGUUGCACCCAAUCGCCGACUAAUACAACCUCACCACUUGGUCGUCAUGAGCGCACACGGCUACCAAGCAACGGUUCUCGGCCCACAUCACCAUAUAUAUCUUCGCCAACUCCCGACCUUCCAAUAAGUCCAACUUCUGAUACACCUGACUGCUUCGAAGAGACCAUGUCAAGGCGCUCCGUUGAUGGACACUGUGGCUCAGGUAGCAACUCCCCGUGCUGCCCAAAACGACGGUCCUAUGGGGGAACAAGACGAACCCGAUCGUCAUCUGGGUCACCGGUAGUGUCACCCAGCUUACUCAAGAAGACAAACAAGUUCGACUUUGGUUCUACUUCGUCAAUCGGCUCGGAUAAAUCGAACUCAUCGAAGAAUUCCAAAAUGGUCAUUUCCAUAACGAUGCAAAAAGGAACUGGUGCAAGAAAGGAAGCCACCAAACCAACCGAAAUAUACUGCCCCACGUGUGACAGACACGUGAGACUCGGUGAGAGUGGCAUCAAUCGGCUAUUCAGAAACUUCACUUUGCAGUCAAUUGUUGAUAAAUACAAACGAACGGCGAAAAAGAAUACUGUUAUUCACUGUCAACAUUGUAAAGGUAGCACGCCCUCUGAAGCCACCAGGCGUUGCUAUGACUGCAAUGAGUGCUACUGCUCCGAAUGUUUUAAAAAUGCCCAUCCAUGGGGCACCCCACGGGCAAACCAUAGUUACUGUGCUGCUGACAACACUAGACCUAAGACCAUCAUGUGCACUGAGCACACGGAGGAGCGUGUUGGCUGGUAUUGUGAUGCCUGUCAGCGUCCCACGUGCCGUGUAUGUAAAGUAACUAAUGUACACCACGGGCAUAGGAUGUAUGCUAUUAAGGUCACCUACUCCGCACUAAAGGACAAACUGAAAAAACACGUCAAUGCACUUCAGAGCAAACGAGAUGAAAUAGAGGGCGCCAUUGGCAAAUUCGAGACUGCCGUUGUCAAUAUAGAGGCAAAUGCGGAAAUGACAAACAACUGCAUCGUAAACGGCAUGGAUGAACUGAGAAAACUACUGGACGAGAAACAGGCCAGUCUGAUUGAACGAGUGGAGAAGGCGAAAGUUGAGAAGUUACAAGGUCCAGUAAAGAGAUUGCAAAGUCUAAAUGCGAUGUUAGCGAACACCGUUCUCAUAGAGUACGCACAGGAAGUGCUGAAUGAAGAGGAACAAGCAUGUUUUGUACAGAGUGCGUUACCGCUGAUAGGAAGACUUGAAAAACUUUUGAAAUCAUUCAAACAAGAACAAGAAACCAUUGAAACAGAGGUCGAUUCCCAAACUGUGAUAGACUUAUCGAGAGAAAAGGAGCUGGUGAUUAAUAUCGACUUCUUGCAAGUGCCGGGUACACCGGCUAUAAAUACGAAUACCUCCACAACGUAUGAUGGCGCCAUCAUCGUCCACUGGGACCGACCACUAGGUGGUAGUAUAAUCGACAACUAUACCAUGGAGUACAUCAAAGCUUCCGAAAUGUCAAUUCCAACCAGUCAGCAGAGUCCGAUGACAGAGGUUCUUGAGUUGGUAUGGGAAGUCGUCACAGAAAUCAAAGAUUGCAAUUAUAGUGUGGAUAUUUUAGACGCAGAUACGGAAUACUGUUUCCGGGUAAAAGCUAUGAAUAAGGCGGGGUGUGGUCCGUACAGUGACAUCGCCAUUAUCAAAUCCCCACCCUAAGAAUAGGAUGAACACCAGUAAUACUAUUGCCAUAAUUCCCAUCAAAUAAUAUCCCUGAUUGUUCUCAAAAUAUACUAUAUAUGCGUAAACUAAACAUCUAAACUUCAUCUAAAAAGUAUUUUGGUUUAAUCAUACGUAGGCUCAACUGCCAGUGGAAUAUGUAUUAUUUUUGAAACACGUGUGGAUGGCAUUCAUGUAAAACUUGAAACCCAGGUACGAACUUACUGACCACGUGACUUUUCAAAUCACAACUCCCAAUCGUAUCAACGGUUUCAGCGAAGUAGGUUAUUAUAGAAGACCUGCCUCUAUUCUCAUUCCUAAAUAUGUCAUGUGUGCUUGAUAUCAGUAGUAUUUUGUGUUUUUGACAUUGUGUUGAGGUGUUUUGUUUUGUGUGCUACGCUACUGGAAAUUCUCCCGACUAUAGAAUGUACAAAAGAGGACAUACUAGUAAACUACGACAAGUGUGUGGUGUGUAAAUGUGAAACAGAGCAUAUAAAAUGAUCUAGCUCAAAGUAUCUGCUAAUGUUAAAAUUUGCUGUUGAAGUGGGAUAUUUCGAACUUUUGUGUUAUUUUUGUUUUGCGUUUUGGAGGGUUAAAGCGUGGUUUUUCUAGCCAAGACGUGAUUAUAUUGCAGACGCCAUAAAAUAAUUAGUGUAUUGAAAAGAAGUCACAAAUCAAUGUUUGCAUGCGUGUAUCAUUACGAGUUUUGUUUUUCUUACGUUAGACAUUGCGUGUCAACACAGCGUAUACGGCGACGGGCACAUGACUAAAUAACAUACUGUAUAGUCUCGACUACCAUUGUACAAUGACCUGUGUUUGUCAAACAUAAAUUAAUUGAUGUAA